ACUCCUUGAGGACCCGGCUCUCCCUAUAAAUACCUCCCUGCUUACUGCCUCCAAGAGCAAGCAAGCAAAGCAAGAGAGGCAGACGCAUAGCUGCGAGUAGAGUUUCUUCGUCCUCCUCCUCUACCUGAGUGCAGUACGUGUGCUAGCUCACGCACGCACGUAGUAGCUAGCUCGUACGUUCGCCAGAAAUGUCGACCAACUCGAGGUCGAACUCCAGGGCCAACUUCAACAACGAGAUCCAUGACAUCGGCACGGUGCAGAACUCCACCAUGAUGCCCCCCACGUACUACGACCGAUCGCUGGCGGACAUCUUCCCUCCCCACCUCCUCAAGAAGGUGGUCUCGGAGGUGGUGUCCACGUUCUUGCUGGUGUUCGUGACGUGCGGGGCGGCGGGGAUCUACGGCAGCGACAAGGACCGCAUAUCGCAGCUGGGACAGUCGGUCGCCGGCGGGCUCAUCGUCACGGUGAUGAUCUACGCCGUCGGCCACAUCUCCGGCGCGCACAUGAACCCCGCCGUCACGCUCGCGUUCGCCGUGUUCCGCCAUUUCCCCUGGAUUCAGGUCCCGUUCUACUGGGCGGCGCAGUUCACGGGCGCCAUCUGCGCGUCGUUCGUGCUCAAGGCCGUGCUGCACCCCAUCUCCGUGCUGGGCUGCACCACGCCGACGGGGCCGCACUGGCACUCGCUCAUCAUCGAGAUCAUCGUCACCUUCAACAUGAUGUUCGUCACCCUCGCCGUCGCCACGGACACGAGAGCGGUGGGUGAGUUGGCGGGGUUGGCAGUUGGUUCCGCGGUUUGCAUUACGUCCAUCUUCGCAGGGGCAGUGUCUGGCGGAUCGAUGAACCCGGCGAGGACGCUGGGGCCGGCGCUGGCGAGCAACCUCUACACCGGACUCUGGAUCUACUUCUUGGGCCCCGUCCUCGGCACGCUCUCGGGGGCCUGGACCUACACCUACAUCCGCUUCGAGGAAGCGCCCAGCACCCACAAGGACAUGUCGCAGAAGCUCUCCUCCUUCAAGCUCCGCCGCCUGCAGAGCCAGUCCGUCGCCGCGGAAGACGACGAGCUCGACCACAUCCAAGUGUGAUAUGCUUUGCAUGCAGAGCAGAGCGCACACUGCUUGUUACUCCUCACUCAAAUGUAUCGGUGAUACUCCUAGAGUAGUGGUCCGUAGUUAUGCAUGUCUGGUCUGUGUGUGUCGGUGCUCAUGAUCAUGAUCCAUGCACGUACGCACGCACUUGUUGCAUUGUGUGAUGUCCGGUCCGUGGCGCGGUGUGGAUGGCUCGCUCUCUCAAUGUGCCAAUGAGCUGGAGCUUUAUUUUUGGGACGAACACUGUGCCGUGUGCGUGUGUGUGCAGCCAGUCGUACACACGUGCCAAAUGUACCCUCUCCUGCUGUCACUUGUUCCAAAACCUGUUGGUGCUUAUAUAAAGAUCACUGUGCCUUCCAUGACAAAA